CUGUGGGCGGCCUGGCGAGGAUUGGAGGGCGGGAGCCGUGCUAGUUUGAUUGGUAAAACUACCACCAGCCCCGCCUCAAAAACCCGGAAGUAAUUCCCUCGUUGGUCCGUGUGUAGUGGUGUAACGGAGAAACUUGAAUUUGGAGGGGUGGAGGGAUGGUUCAAGGGCUGCGCACUGAUUUCCCAGCCCCACCGUCCCCACCAAGUGACUCUGACUCUUUGGGGGUUGCUUUUGAGGACGCGGUGCCUGAGGCUGACCGAGGGAGGUCCCUGCUGCUUUCUGCCACCCAAGCUGUACCUCAUGGAGUCUACGUUCAGCAGCCCCGCGGAGGCAGCGCUGCUGCGAGAGGCGGGCGCUGCCGGAGUGCUCACUCCUCUCGCGGACCUGGACCGCGUGUACGAGCUGGAGCGAGUCGCUGGAUUUGUCCGCGACCUAGAGUGUCAGCGGGUGGCCUUGCAGUUCCCUGACCAGCUAUUGGGAGAUGCUGGGGCCGUGGCUGCACAACUGGAGGAGACCACAGGGUCGAAGAUGUUCAUUCUGGGCGACACAGCUUAUGGCAGCUGCUGUGUGGAUGUACUGGGUGCUGAGCAAGCUGGAGCUCAGGCCCUUGUACAUUUUGGCCCUGCCUGCUUAAGCCCUCCAGCUCGCCCACUGCCUGUGGCCUUCGUCCUUGGUCAACGUUCUGUGCACUUGGAGCUCUGCGCCAAGGCCUUUGAGGCCCAGAACCCAGACCCCAAAGCGCCUGUGGUGCUGCUAAGUGAGCCAGCCUGUGCCCAUGCCCUGGAGGCCUUGGCCACUCUCCUGCGCCCACGGUACCUGGACCUGCUUGUCUCCAGCCCAGCUCUUCCCUUGCCAGUGGGUUCCUGCAGUCCAGAACCUGAGCCCCUGGAGCGUUUUGGGCGCCGCUUUCCCCUGGCUCCAGGGAGGUGUCUGGAAGAAUAUGGUGCCUUUUAUGUGGGGGGCUCUGAAGCCAGCACUGACCUUGACCUUGACCCAGACCUGAGCCGGUUGCUCUUGGGCUGGGCACCAGGGCAGCCGUUCUUCACCUGCUGCCCGGACACAGGGCAGACUCAGGAUGAAGGUGUCCGGGCUGGACGGCUAAGGGCACGUAGACACUACCUGGUAGAGAGGGCCAGAGAUGCCCGAGUGGUGGGGCUGUUGGCAGGUACUUUGGGUGUGGCCCGACACCGUGAAGCAUUGUCACACUUGCGGAACCUGGCUCAGGCUGCAGGCAAGCGUAGCUAUGUGUUGGCCCUGGGGCGGCCCACACCUCCUAAGCUUGCCAACUUUCCUGAAAUGGAUGUCUUUGUGCUAUUGGCCUGCCCUCUUGGUGCUCUAGCUCCACAACCUUCUGGUGGCUUCUUCCGGCCUGUAUUGGCACCAUGUGAGCUGGAGGCUGCCUGCAACCCUGCCUGGCCACCUUCAGGCCUGGCUCCCUACCUCACACAUUACGCGGAUUUAUUGCCUGGCUCUCCCUUCCACGUGCCCCUCCCACCACCUGACUCAGAACUGUGGGACACCCCAGAUGUGUCACUCAUUACUGGGGAACUCCGACCCCCACCUGUCUGGAAGCCAUCAAAUGAUCCUGGAUGCUUGGCCCUGACCUUGCGGCCCCAGCUGGAGCUGGCUGAGAGCAGCCCUGCAGCUUCAUUCCUUAGUUCCCGGAGCUGGCAGGGGCUGCAACCCCGUCUGGGUCAGACACCGGUGACAGGAGCUGUGAGUGGAAGACGAGGGAUUGCCAUCGCCUAUGAGGAUGAGGGAGGCAGCUGAUACCAUGUGGGGCCAGAGACACAGAUGGGCUGAAGAAUUGCUGCAAAGACCUUUAAUACUCCCUGCAUCAACCCCACUCCUCUGCCUGGAUCCUUGAUGCAGGGAAGGACAGACAGCCCCUCACUGAAGAAGGGGACCCAGCUCUGUCCUGUUGUGGCACUGGCAUGAGGCUUAGCAUAUAGCGGUUUAAUAAAUGUCUGUUGAACUGAUGGGGACUGACUUGGGGUUUCCUGAAGUCUUAUGGGUCCGUCUGUCCUCCUGGGAACAGCCCAGGACCUCUGGCCAGUCCCAGUUUCUGGUGUGCAAUUGAGGUUCUACCCUUGUCAAAGGUUCCAGGUGGUCUAGACCAGGAUUUCUCAACUUUGGUACUAUUGACAAAUUUGGGUCAGAUAAUUCGUUGCUGUGAGGGGCUAUCCUUACGUUAUAGGAUGUUUAGCAUUAUCUCUGGCUUCUGCCCACUAGAUGCCCCUAACAUACCCUUCUUCAAUUGUGAUAACCAAAAAUGGCUCCAGACAUUGACAAAUGUCUCCUGUGGGGCAAAACUGUCCCUCGCUGAGAACCACUGGUCUAGACCUGUGUUGUCCAAUAAAGCAACUGCUAGACACGUAUGGCUAUUUAAACAUGAACUUAAACUAGUUAAAAUUAAAAACUCAGUUUCUUAAGGUGCCUGGCUGGCUCAGUCAGAAGAGCAUGAGACUCUUGAUCUCUCAGGGUUGUGAGUUCGAGCCUUGUGUUGAAUGUAGAGAUUACUAAAAAUAAACUUUAAAACUAAGUAAAAUAAAUAGGGGCACCGGGGUGGCUUAGUCGGUUAAGCAUCCUGCUUCAGCUCAAGUCAUGAUCUCACAGUUCAUGGGUUCGAGCCCCACAUGGGGCUCUGUGCUGACAGCUCAGAGCCUGGAGCCUAUUUCAGAUUCUGUGUGUCUGUGUCUGCCCCUCCCUGACUCAUGCUCUGACUCCCUCUCUCUCUCUCUCAAAAAUAAAUAAACCUUGGGGCGCCUGGGUUGCUCAGUCGGUUAAGCGGCUGACUUCGGCUCAGGUCAUGAUCUCGUGGUCCGUGAGUUCGAGCCCCGCGUCGGGCUCUGUGCUGACAGCUCAGAGCCUGGAGCCUGUUUCAGAUUCUGUGUCUCCCUCUCUCUGACCCUCCCCCGUUCAUGCUCUGUCUCUCUGUCUCAAAAAUAAAUAAACGUUAAAAAAAAUUUUUUUUUAAAUAAAUAAAUAAACCUUUAAAAAACAAAUUAAAAAAAUAAAAAUAAAAGUAAGUAAAAUAAAUAAAAAUGCAGGUUUUAUUUAUUUAUAACAAGCAUAUUAUAAAACAUUAUAUAGGGGCACCUGGGUGGCUCAGUCGGCUAGGUGUCUGACUUUGGCUUAGGUCGUGAUCUCACGGCUUGUGGGUUUGAGCCCCAUGUCAGGCUCUGUGCUGACAGCUCAGAGCCUGGAGGCUGCACAUUUUGUGUCUCCAUCUCUCUCUGCCUCUCCCCUAUUUGUGCUGUGUCUCUGUCAAAAAUGAAUAAAUGUUAAAAAAAAUAGAAUAUUAUAUAAAAACAAGUACAUUUCAGUGCUUAUUUAGUCACAUGAGAGGACAGUGUAGCUACAGGACAUUUCCAUUAUUGCAGGAAGUUCUUUUGGACAGUGCUGGUCUACAAUGACUAAUUUGUUUCUCAGGGAAAUCACAGAAACU